CGCGCCAGGGCGCUGGCCGUUGGGGUCGUUGGGCGGCGCGGGGUGAGUCGGAAAGCUGGUCCGCGGCGUGCGCUGCGGGUGGCUGUGGUCGGGCGGCGCGGCGGAACUUGGGCGGCGGCGGCGGGUCCCGCCAGAGGGCGGCUCUGGCUGAGUGCGGAGGGGCCGGCGGAGAGCCCGGGGCAGCGGCUGAGGAGGGCCGGCGGCGGCGGGGGCCGCUGCCCCCGGAAGAGCCGGCCGAGAUGCUGGCGGAAAACCUGGUGGAGGAGUUUGAGAUGAAAGAGGAUGAGCCGUGGUACGACCACCAGGACCUCCAGCAAGAUCUCCAACUUGCUGCUGAGCUUGGGAAGACAUUACUGGAUCGGAACACAGAGCUGGAGGAUUCUCUUCAGCAGAUGUACACAACCAAUCAGGAGCAGUUACAGGAAAUUGAGUAUCUGACCAAGCAGGUGGAGCUUCUGCGGCAGAUGAACGAACAGCACGCAAAGGUUUAUGAGCAGUUAGAUGUCACAGCAAGGGAACUGGAAGAAACAAAUCAAAAGCUCGUUGCUGACAGCAAGGCCUCACAGCAGAAGAUUCUGAGCCUGACCGAAACAAUUGAAUGCCUACAAACCAACAUUGAUCACCUCCAGAGCCAAGUGGAGGAGUUGAAGUCAUCUGGCCAGGGGAGAAGGAGCCAGGGGACGCACGACCGGGAGAAAUCGGCACCCAGCUUCUCGUCUCUGAAAGAGCUGUAUGACCUCCGCCAGCACUUCGUGUACGAUCAUGUGUUUGCCGAGAAGAUCACUGCCUUACCAAGUCAGCAAAGCCCAGAUGAAGAAGAAAACGAGCAUCUGAAGAAAACAGUGACAGCGCUGCAGGCCCAGCUGAGCCUGGAGCGGCAGAAGCGGGCGACCGUGGAGGAGGAGUACGGGCUGGUGCUGAAGGAGAACAGGCAGCUGGAGCAGCAGCUGGGCGCCGCCGAGGCCUACCGAACCCGCGCGCUGGAGCUGCAGGCCGACGUGGCGGAGAUGCGGCAGAUGUUGCAGUCGGAGCGCCCUUUUGUGAACGGGGUUGAGAAGCUGGUGCCAGACUCUCUGUUGGUCCUUGUCAAGGAGCCCAGCCAGAGCCUGCUGGAGGAGAUGCUCCUGACCGUGGCCGAAGCGCACAGAAAGCCCCUCAAGCGCAGCAGCAGCGAGACGGUGCUGAGCAGCCUGGCGGGCGGCGACAUUGUGAAGGGCCACGAGGAGACCUGCAUCCGGAGGGCCAAGGCCGUGAAGCAGAGGGGCAUCUCCCUCCUGCACGAGGUGGACACGCAGUACAGUGCCCUCAAGGUGAAGUACGAGGAGCUGCUGAAGAAGUGCCAGCAAGAGGAGGACUCCCUGUCCCACAAGGCUGUGCAGACCUCCAGGGCCAAGGACCCGGCUGCAGUGAAUACCCAGCCUGAGCCGGGCACCCUUGGCUGGGAACUGGCCUCGGUCACCCCAGAGCCCAUCAGUUCCCCCACCACCUCGACGCCACCAGAAUACAAAGUGCUUUUUAAGGAGAUCUUUAGUUGCAUCAAGAAAACCAAACAGGAAAUAGACGAACAGAGAACAAAAUACCGAUCUCUCUCUUCUCAUUCCUAAGUGAACCGCCAGCUCCACUAAUUGGCCUGUUUCCUGUCACCCCUCUCUCCCUCUCACACAAGUGUGUGUAGACCCCAAAGCCUGAUACUGCUCCUGACGUCUGCCUCAUUGCUCUGCUUAUUUAGCAAAUGCAUACAGUGAGGGAGGAAGGUGGCUACCGGUGGCAGUUGUAUAAUCGAGUUUCGUUUAAGCUCCUCAGCAAAUCCCACGACAGACUAGCCUCUGGCUGGCGUGACAGUUAGGUUGCAAUUCCUUGAAAAACCCCAGGACCCGUGGAGGGAAAAUAUGUACUCCUGGAGAAGUAGGCCUGGAGUAACUGUAGUAUAUACUGAGUGUAUGUAUAUAUAUACGUAGUCUAUAUAAUAUAGGGGAAAGGGCAGAGCUGAAACAGAGCUAAGGCAAUUCCUACUGCCUCCUUGCUUAACUUCUCAAAACUAUGUAGAAGUCAGACGGCUGCCAAGGGAAAAUACCUUUCGCAAACGCUGUUGGAUACUGUGAAUUCAUUAAGAAGAAUGUUCAGGAGAAAGCAGGGGUCUAAUCCAAAUACAUGGCAUUAACAAAUACUCCAAGCCUUUGAGUUUGUUACAUGGGCUACCAGUUGAACUGUGACUGACAGGUAAUCCUAAUACAUUUUAGUCAAACUGAAUACCAAACUGAAAGGGCAGGCUCUGGUUGGCCGAGUUAGCUUGUUAGAGCCCUGGAGGGCCUCUUCCCCACAUUAAAAUGUUUUUACUCAAAGCUGUAGUGGUUAGGAUAGGCAAAUCAUUCUUUUCUUAAAUUCAGACUGAAGGGGCGAGAUGAAACCCUUACCCACACUGUGCUGUCUGAGCUGGCCAGCCUGCCAGCCUCAGGCUGCCUCUCCUCACUUCCUACCAUUCCUGUAAACAUUUGUGACUUGCUGCAGAAAUUCCUGUCUGCCACUUUAUUAAACAGUGUUGAUGUCCUCACUGUGGAAAUAACACUCAUCCUCUCACUUGCAUACUUUUAAUUUAAAACUAUUUAAGAGAACUGAGGUUCCAUUUAUUGUGUAUAUUUUUCUAAAAACCAAAUAAAACUACCUAUGAAAAUGAAGAAAUGGAUCAAAUUGCUUGUUAUUUUAAGCUUAAGCCAUUUCACUGUUAUUACCAACUUUUCUUCUUCCAACAAAUCUCUCUGGGAAGAACUGAGUGAUUUUAUUUUUCCAUUUCCAUUUUUUCCCAUUCCUUGGAAUUGUGUAAUAGCACAAAUUCUGUUCAUACUGAUAAAUGUUCAUUAAAAUUACUAUAUGAUUGAAAAACAUUUUCAAAUGUAUAUGCUGUAUAUAAUUUUCACUAUUUUAGAAAUGUCAGACUUGGUUCUGAAUUCAUAGCAUUUGACUAGGUAAUUCUCAAAACAUUUGAUCACUCAGUCAUAGGAAAGACAUUUUACAGUAUUCAGAUGUUAAAAUGAGCAUUGAAUCUAAUUUUGCUCAAUGGCAAAAUUGGAUUAAUGGGUAAAACAUUAUUUUUUCAAACAGUACAAAGAGUUUGUAAAGUAAGUUGUCUCAUCUUCCCUGACCUCCCAACCUUUCUCCCCAGAAUCAACUAGUUACCAGUUUGUUGGUGUAUCUUUACAAGUGCGCUCAUUAUCAUCCCUUUGGUUUUUUUUUGGCUGCGUUGGGUCUUUGUUGCUGCGCGUGGGCUUUUCUCUAGUUGUGGCGAGCAGGAGCGGGGGCUACUCUUUGUUGUGGUGCACAGGCUUCUCGUUGCGGUGGCUUGUCUUGUUGUGGAGCAUGGGCUCUAGGCAUGCAGGCUUCAGUAGUUGUGGCAUGCAGGCUCAGUAGUUGUGGCUCGGGCUCUAGAGCUCAGGCUCAGUAGUUGUGGCACACGGGCUUAGUUGCUUCACAGCAUGUGGGAUCUUCCUGGACCAGGGAUGGAACCCACGUCCCCCUGCAUUGGCAGGCGGAUUCUUAACCACUGUGCCACCAGGGAAGUCCCACCCCAUAUUUUAAACUAGGAGUAUACCAUGUCUUUCAUUUUUACUGAACCAUGUAUUUUUUUUGAACUAUGUAUUUUUUUUAACAUUUUAUUAAAGUAUAGUUGAUUUACAAUGUUGUGUUAGCUUCUGGUGUACAGCAAAGUGAUUCAGUUGUACCUAUAUAUUAUUUUUCAUAUUCUUUUCCAUUAUGGUUUAUCACAGGAUAUUGAAUAUAGUUCCCUGUGCUAUACAAUAGGACUUUGUUGUUUAUCCAUUCUGUAUAUAACAGUUUGCAUCUGCUAAUCCCAAACUCCCAAUCCAUUCUCCCCCACCCACUUCCUCCUUGGCAACCACAAGUCUGUUCUCUAUGUCUGUGAAUCUGUUUCGUAGAUAAGUUCAUUUGUGUCAUAUUUUAAAUUCCAAUAUAAGUGAUAUCAAAUGGUUUUUAUCUUUUUGUGACUUACUUUAUUUAGUAUAACAAUCUCUAGGUCCAUCCAUGUUGCUGCAAAUGGCACGAUUUCAUUCUUUUAUGGCUGAGUAGUCGUCUACUAUAUAUAUAUAUACCACACCAUCUUUAUCCAUUCAUUUCUUGAUGGACAUUUAGGUUGUUCCCACGUCUUGGCUAUCAUAAAUAGUGCUGCUGUGAACAUAGGGGUACAUGUAUCUUUUUGAAUGUUUGCUCCAGAUAUGUGCCCAGGAAUGGGACUGCUGGAUCAUAUGGCAACUCUAUUUUUGGUUUUUUUGAGGAACCUCCAUACUGUUCUCCAUAGUGACUGCACCACUUUACUUUCCCACCAACAGUAUAGGAGGGUUCCCUUUUCUCCACACCCUCUCCAGCAUUUAUUUAUAGGUUUUUUUUUUUUUU